AUGUCCAUCAACACCAAGAAAACGUUUGUAUUAGCACAAGGGUUUCCGAAUCACAAAGUGCGAAGAUUUCAAGAUGGCUUCCUCUUCGGGACCUCAACAGCUGCUUACCAGGUGGAAGGGGCGUGGAAUGAAGACGGCAAAGGUGAAUCCUUCUGGGACUACCGCUUCCACGUUCUAAUCAAUCAAACCCAUCCGCCAGGAGAUGUUGCUUGCAACUCAUAUCACUACUACAAGAGAGAUGUGGAGAUGUUGAGGGAACUAGGUGUUGAUGUGUAUAGGUUCUCUAUAUCGUGGCCUAGGAUAUUGCCUGGAGGUUUCAGAACCAUAAAAAACGAGGCAGGCCUCCAAUACUACGAUAAUUUAAUAGAUGAGCUACUGAAAUACAACAUUCAGCCCAUGGUCACAAUGUACCACUUCGAUACUCCAAUGGCCUUGCAACAUUUAGGGGGGUGGUCGAACCCCUCUUUUGUGGAUUGGUUUGUGGACUAUGCCAGGGUAUUGUUUGACCGAUAUGCUAGUAAGGUAAAAUACUGGACAACCCUGAACCAACCAGACACCACGUGUGAAAUUAAUAAUAAAGCGAACUACGUACUUAAAAAUGCAACGGGAGCAACGGACUAUUUGUGCACUAAGCAUGUGCUUCUAGCACACGCUAGAACGUACAGAAUGUAUGAGAAGAAGUAUAAGAAGAAAUAUGGAGGGUCAGUUGGGAUGUCCACAGCUGUGAACUGGGUAGAACCUUUCACCAACAGCUCUGAAGACGUGGAGGCUGCUGAAAGAUACAAAGAAUUUACAUACGGCAUCUUCUUUGACCCGAUUUGGUCGAAAAAUGGAGAUUUCCCUAAACUGGUAAAAGAUAGGGUGGCCAAGAAGAGUAAAGAACAGGGAUUGGUCAGAUCCAGGCUACCUUCACUUUCGAAAGAGGAAAUUAAGCUUAUUAAAGGCUCAUCUGAUUUUCUUGGCCUUAACCACUACACUACAUACCUGAUUACUCCGUCGGAGAUCAAACAUAAAGUACCAUCAUUUAUAGAUGAUGCUAACUUCAACAAAAAAAGGACCAGAGACGAGUGGACAAAGUCACAUAGCAGCUGGUUGAGCAUGACUCCUGAAGGUCUGUACAAAGUGUGUCUGCUUCUCAAUAAGCGUUAUGACUACCCUCCUAUCCUGAUAACGGAAAACGGCUGGUCAACGGAUACAGGUCUUCAGGAUCCAAGCCGCUCUAAAUACAUUCAGCAUUACCUUAAUUCACUUUUGUUGGCAAUUGAAGAAGGGACAAAGGUGAUCGGUUAUAUUCACUGGAGUCUCAUGGACAAUGUGCAGUGGAUGGAAGGGACCAGUGAACGUUUCGGCCUCUACGAAGUGGAUUUCGACUCACCAGAAAGAACACGAACGGCGCGAGAGUCCUCGUUGGUCUACAAGAGAAUCAUUCAAAAGAGGAUCAUUGAAGAGGGAUGGAAGCCGGAAAAGUGAAAGAUAAGUGUCUUCGAUUGUGUUUUCGAUUUUCUUUUAACAUGCGAAAGUGUAUAAGUAUUAUAAGGCAGAAUAGGUAAUUAUACUAUUCAUAUUCUUCAGUCGUAACCCUAUUGCUAUUGCCGACUCUCGAGUAAAAG